AGUAAAACGCAAUAAGGUAACUGUUAUAAAUCUAGUUUACAAUAUUGUUGCUUGGGAAACUAAGAGCAUUAAAUCAACAGGUUGGACAAAAGGGGAGCAAAAGAACCCGAUGAGCGCCAUUCCUCCAAAAGAGACUCAAGAGAAGAGUUCUUUGUACAUAAUGGCAAAGCAUCUUCGUCCUUUCAUAAGUACAGAAAAAAUGACGAUUCUUUUGGCUGCUGUGUCGUUACUAUACGUCAUAUAUAUGUGUGAAACGUUAAACAGACUUGAUAAAGAAAACACCAAGUCAAAGAGAAACAGAUAUCUUAUGAUUGACGUUGAUAAUCCUUUCGCAGUCAUUGUGGAUAAUUCACAGGAUACGUUAAUCUCUAUUGGAGGAAAACAAUUCAAUACAUUGGUUACUCCAAGUACUGCAUGUAAAUCUGAUCGGAUUCGCAAUGUAAUUAUUAUUGUGACGUCACCACUAGAAGUUCAUGCCCGAAGUGUUGUCAGACAUAGUUGGGUAAGUGACUUAUUGAAAGAUAAUGCUACCAUUGGAUAUUUCUUCUUAAUUGGAUCGGAGGAUGAAAAUUGGAAUCCAGAACAUCAAGCAGAACACUAUAAGGAUAUUCUCAGCUUUAAUGUCAACUACAGGACUCAAAAUACAACAGAAUUAGUACUCCUUGGACUGCAAUGGGUCAUGCAAAAUUGCCAAAGCAUUAAGCACAUCACAAAAGUUCAUGGAGAUAUUUUUGUGAACACUCACCAAUUAAGCACAUUAAUUUAUUCACUUCCGGAUUCAAAGUUCAUGGGAGGAAAAUGUGUCGGGACAUCAAAACCUAAUCGAAAUAAAGUCUCGCCAUUUUACGUCCCAUUUCGAGAGUACAAAAAGGAACUGUAUCCUCCAAUGUGUUCUACUUCCGCUUACAUAAUGAGUGUGGAUUUAGUGCAAAAAAUACUGCAAGCCUUACGAGAUGUGCCAUAUUUUCGCUUAGAAGACGUUUUCAUUGGACACCUUUUGUUGCAUCUUGGGAUCACUCCGCGCAAUAUUGUCAAUUUUCUGACCGAUCAAUUUCAUGAGGGAAAUUGUGACAUCACAAAAGACGUGUUAUUUUUACACGAGGCCGACAUAGAUCACAUAAAUAUACUUUGGCGCCAUUUUAUUCGAUGUGAUUUAACUUUUACUAAGUCAAAUAAGAAUUUUGUUUUAGAAUUUUCUCAACUGAAAAAUUUCUCAGGUACUUUUCAAAAUGACCAUUGAAACAUUUUCGGCAAUGCACUCUUAAAAUUAUUUCAAGUAUUUAAAAAGAAGAGGCAUGCCUAUCAGUUAUUUCCUUUGCAAAUAACACUACACACGCAAGUAGACCACAGUUAAUUCUCAAAUGUAUAGUACAUAUUUUUACAUUUAAUCUAAGGUAAACUUGAAUUAUACGAGUGAAUAAUUUUAUCAAUGUGAUUAUGACGUUGUAACAUGACCAAAACAUAUAAGCACUUUUCUCUCUCCAAAAAUUCCUAUUCAAUAUAUUCUAAUAUUUUUUCAUAAUACAAAGUGUGAACCGAAAAAAAAUUGCAAUAGUUAAAUUUCAAUAUCAUCUGUUUUAUCACGUAUUCAUAAUAACAAAAUAUAAAAGCUUUUGCUUUAAGGUUAAGUAAAUGACAGAACGCCAUAUUUUUUCCAAGAAGAGCAUUUUCAUUUAUGUUUCAAAUGCAAAAUAAUAAUUAUUCAACUCUCAGAAUCAUGAAACAAACGUAUUUCUUAAGAAGUAUUAAUGUGUAAUUUUGGCUAGAAAUGGACUGUUUCUGAUUUGCUGAUCUCCACAGUUAAUGCAGAUGACGUAAUAUCCUGGAUAUGCCACGUCAUAAGUGACCUCAUACAAAUUGUCUCCCGUGUACACAAUACUGGACUCUAGCACAGAGAAUGGUCGCGGGCCGUGAAUUGUAAUUGAUAUGGCCAUAUUCUCUUGGGAGUGACACCAUACCUAAAAAAAUUGUGGACGAUAUAAAGUUUAGUUUUAUAAGUAAAAUAAGUUAAGAAAUUCAGUUUACAUGCUACUGAAAAAUACCUCCUUCAAAGAUAGAAACAGACACUGAUUUCUUUUCUGUCCAUAUCGAUUCAAACUUUUAAUUUUCGUAAUAAAAAUUAUAAUACAAGAAUAUGAUAUUAAAACAUAAAAAAUGCUGAAUGUCGAACAAAUAGUUAAUUAAUAUCAGAUAUUUUUUUGAAAUGA